AAGAGAUACCCGUUCUUUGAGAUGGGCAAAUUUGUGCCGAAACGCGGUAGACUUCGCAAUGGUCGCAGCGUCAUGAAGACUUUGAAGCUCAUCAAAAAGCCUGCGGCGCAACCGCGCUCGCGGCAGAGUGCUCGAGCGCGCGCCACUUACACGCAGUCCGCGGCCGCGGAGAUCAAAGGAGAUCCACGCGAUCGAAAAGUCAGUAAGAAUUUGGUUGACCUGGCUCGCAUGACGGAAGCAGAGAUUUGGAAUUUCAUGCUCAAGGUUGAUUUCGCGAAAGAUUUGCAUGGGGAACGCUGUCCAGUGUGUAAGAAUGGAUAUCUGGGUGCCAAGCAAUUUCGAUCUGAUGGGAGUAAGCCGUUCCACCGCUGCUCGUCUUAUAAAUGCCAGCACCGUGAGUUCCCAUGGGGGCAAUGUCCGCUUUUACACCAUGGGCGACGUUCAGCUCCUCUCCAGCAGCAGCUCACGAACUUACUGUGCCUGUCCACGACGAACUCAGUGACUAGCACCAUCCAUUUGACGGGGCAUGCGCGCAGGUCUGUCAUACACACGCACGGGUUACUACAGAAUGCUCGUAAGUUGUACGUGCAGCGGAAGGAGAAGACCAUGACUUUUGGCAGUGACAAAAGAGUGCCAGCAGCGAAGUGGCACGACAUCGAAGUAGACGAGGCCUCUUUCGGCAAGAUGCUACUCCGACCUCCACGCAGCGCGUCUGACCACUGCCUCGCAUGGGAGAACUGGAUCGGUAUUCUGCGCCGUGGUCACCCAGGUUCUCUCAUGCUCAUUCGUUCGAAAAACACGCCCACCCUGGCGAGAUCGCCAGGUCCAGGACCGAUCACGAAGGACCAGUGGAAAUGCAUAGCAAAGAAGCACUUGCAGAACCGAUGUGUCGUUAUACACACAGAUUCAGCACGAGCAUACCGUGAAACCAAUAUUCCGGGAACGGUGCGGGACCAAGUCGUACACCAGAAGAAACGAGUUUUUAACAACAAGACUAAGCGGUUCACGUGGACGAAGCCUAAAUACGUGGGCACUGUGCAGCACAGCGUCGAUGGCAAACGAUUUUGGCGCAAGUCUGGAACUCAGACAGUUGAUAGCUGCUGGAGAUUCCUGAAGUCUCGCAUUCACAAGAAUCAAUGUAUGAAACCAGGCUCGCGCGCCUUUACGGUGGCAGUCAAGUCUGCACAGUACGAAUAUUGGACGAGAGGCAUGGACCCUUGGGAGGCAAUGUCUUUGCUGCUCAAAUGACAACUGUCGGCCGCGCAUCUCUUGUCUCAUCAUCAUUCGAGCUGUUGGCUCGUGCAGGAGCCGAGCGGCCAGAUUUGUUCAAUGCUAGUGCGCGUGCAGACCUUCGCACUCAGAUAGGCCUGAGACACUCCUCACGUGAUCGCUUAAUCGCUAGAUGUUGCUGCGUCGCUGUUGGCUCAUGCAGGAGCCAAUCUGUCGAGCGCUUUAACGCUGUGCCGUAUACAGUUGAACGCCACAGUUUGCGAUCAUCGGAACACUGCUUGAUGUGAGCUAACAUAAAUUUAUGAUCACUCGAGUGUUUUAACGCUUUUGCGUAUACAGUUAAACGCAACAGCACGCGGCCAUCGAAGCAUUGAUUAUUUUGAGCCAGCA